AUGGAUUUCACUCCGGCACGAGAUACAACGACUUUAUCCGGCCUUGAUCAACCUCAAGGUCAAGCCAAACGAAUAUCAAGUGAACGUCAAAUGAUUGCAAAACUUGAUCCAGCUGAACUUCAAGAUCGAUAUUUACGUUUAUAUGAUGAUCAUUUAGUUCUUAAACAACAUGCUCGAAAACAAGAAGAUCAAAUUAAAAAAUUAGCUACUAAAUUAACGAAAGUUGUUGGAGAUAAAAAGAAAAGUGAAGCUGUUCCAUUCGGUGCUAAAUCAGGUAUCCGUGAUGCUGAAAUUGAAAAUCAACUUGCUGAAUAUCGUAAUAAAAUUUCUGAAUUACGUGAACAAAAUAAAUUGCUUAAACAACGUGUUGUUCUUUCUCAACAACAAGCACAAGCAGCACAACAAAUGAAAAAAUCAAAUGUUAUGUACGAUAGUGUUUCUUCAAGAAUCGAUACAGGUCAAUCAAAACGUAUACCAUCACCAUUACUUCAUAAUGUUCGUGUAAUUGGCCCACGGGAUUCAUUCAGAACAUCUGGAACAACUCCAAGAGUAAACAGCGGAUUGUUAGAAGAUGCUCGAAUGACAAAUAAACAAUUAGAAGAUUCUCUUGAUAAAGCGAAUCAACAAUUAAAUUCCUAUGAACAACAAAUAGAACAUCUUCGUCAACAAUUAUCACAACGUGAUAAUGAACAUGAACAAAAUUUAUUACGUUUAAGAUCACAAGCAGUAACAACAACAGGUGGUGAUUCACGUGUUAAUUUACAAGAAAAUAUUGAUAUGAUUCGUUUACAACGAGAUUUACGUGAUAAAUCUGAUGAAUUAAGACGUUUACAAACUCAAUGUACAACAUUUGAAUCACAAAAUCGAUCACUUCAAUUAACAAAUGCCGAAUUAUUAAAAGAAAUUGAUCGACUUGAUAGACAAAUCAAAGAUGAACAAUCACGAGCAUUACAAUUACGUACUGAAUUAAGAAAUGGUUCACGUUCAAAUACAGUUAUUCAUGAACUCAAUGCACAAAUUGAAGAUUUCCGACGUGAAUGUGAAUUAUUAAAAGAAGCUAAUUCUAAAUUGGUUAGUUCAGCAUUUAAUGCUGAUCGUGAAAGAGAAUUUCGCGAAAAAGAACGAGCAUUAAGAUUACAAAUAGCUCAACUUGAAGCAACAAUCAAAGCAGAUUUAGGUGAACGAGGAAAUCUACUUGAUAAACUUACAUUAGAAAAAAAUUCUAAUCAAAGAACUGAUGAUGAACAUCGUACAAUGCAUUUAAAAUAUUUAGAAAUGAAAGAAAAAUAUGAUGAUUUAGCUGAAAAAAUGAAAUUUUUUGAACGAGAAAGUGAUAUAAAUAUGAAAGAAAUUGAAGAAGCACUUAUUAUAUUACGUCAACGUAAACAACGACAAGAACCAAAUUUUGAUUUUCUACUAAAAGUUGAUGAUGAAAAAGCAAAAAAUGUUAAUCGACGAAUACUUGAAUUAGAAAGUCAAUUAGCUGAAACAGCAAAUGAAUUAGAAAAAACUCGAAAUUUAUUAUUUAUGCAAUAUAAAAUUAAUCGAGAUUAUAAACUUGAAGUUGAUUGUGUUCAAAGAAAAAUGGAUGAAAACCAUGCAGAAUUCUCAUCACGUGUACUUGAAAGUGGUCAAUUACUUGAUAUUCGUGCUGAACGUAUUCGAAAAUUAGAAAAAGCCUUAAAAGAUGUUGCUUAUGGUACUCGUCAAUAUCGUGUUCAAGAACAACCAACAACGGAUGGUCAUUUAACACAUGAAUUAAUUGAAGAUGCUAUUGAACUUGAACGUGGUCAAAAUUUAAUUGAAAUUCAUAUAAGUCGUGCUUCAUUUAAUGAACGUGCACUUGAAUAUUUCGGUAAAAACAAUGAACCAUCAACAUUCUGUUCAAUCGAAUUUUUUGAACAUGAAUUACAAAUGACACCAAUCAUAAAAGGAAAAAUACCGGAAUAUAAUUUUACUGCACAAUAUAUUGUUAAUGUUGAUGAUUUUCUUUUAUAUUAUUUACAAAAAGAAUAUACUUUAAUUGAACUUCAUCAAACAGUUGGACAAUCAUUUCAAACAAUUGCUGCAUGUAAACUUAGUUUAAAACAACUUAUUGAAGGUAAUCAAGGUCGAUUACAUGGUACAGCUAAAUUAGUAGCAUCUCAUCAAAAUAAUAUUGAUAUUGGUACAUUUGGUGUUGUUGAAUAUUGGGUUCGUUUACGUGUACCAAUGGAACAAGCAUUCCGUUUAUUAAAAGAAAAAAUGAAAGCUCAGGGUUAUCUUGUUACAACGAGUCGACAAUCAACGAAAACAUCAGAUGAUAUUGAACAACGACAUGAACUUGAUCCAAAUAUGAAUGAAUUAACAAUUGCUAUACUUAAUUGCUCAAAUGUUAAAGCAGCUACUCCUGAUCAUCAACCUGAUCUUUAUUGUAUAUAUAAAUUUUAUGAUUUUACUGAUCAUGAUACAAUAACAAUUCCAUCAUCAAAUAAUCCAAAUUUUGAUGAUCGUAUACAAUAUCCUUGUCAAAUGGAUGCUGAUCUCGAUCGGUAUUUAAAACAAUCACAAUUAACAAUAUUUGUUUUUGAUGAUCGGGAUCAAAAAGAUGAUCGUUAUGCAGCACGUGCCGAUAUACCAUUAAUAUCAUUAGCACAUGAUAAUGAAAUUCGUGGAACAUUUGAUAUGCAUAAUGAUCGUGGAGAAAAAAAUGGUACAAUGGAUGUAACAUUAAAAUGGACUUAUUCAUAUUUACCACCAUCAUCAUCGACACGUACACCAAAUCAACGUUCGAAAAGUAUUCCAACAAAUCCACGUGAACCAUUAGCUUUAUUACCAGAUGAAAGUGUAUCUGGACAUAAAACUAUUGCUGAAAAACAACGAGAAAUGAAUGUAAGAUUAACACCACAAGACGUUUUAGGAUCAGAUAGUGACCAAAGACCAAAACCAGAUUUACCAAGAAAUAGUUCAGGUGUACCAGCAACGAGUAUUUCACGACCAGUUCGUAAUGCUAAUCCAAAUCAUCAUCCACGAACAUUAUCAAAUGCAAGUUCGAACAGUAAACGAGUUAGUUUUGAUAAUCGAGAUGAUAAUACACCAACAAAACUUCAACCUGGGGAUCAAUCAAUUACUGAUGAAACAAAUCGUACACUAUCACCUGGUAAAUAUAAAAAUACUUUAUUUCGUUUAAACAAUACUUUUUUUUCUCUUUAG